AUGGCGGAGCCGGAAUUUUCACUACAGUCGAAAUCGAAAGAAGGAGAGGAGAAUACGCAUGAAGAAGAAUCUGAGGAAAGCGAUUACUCAAUUGGCUACGACUCCAAUGAUCCUUCUUUCGAAAUUUUGGAGGGUAAAGCAGAUCGCAAGAUUUGGGAGCAAUAUUACAGGGAGUGGGAUGAGAGUGAGGGUCUUGAUAUCUCUGUCCACCCGGGUUGUUUUUCUAUGGCUGGGAUUGAACAACUCCAUGAUUACGUGACGGAUCCGAAGAUAAAACAGGAAUAUACUGAGCUGUGCAAAUUGGCAAUUCAUGAUUUCAAUUCAAAGAAUAAAAAGAAGAAGAAAUGUCAACAGGAUCGCGAAACAAUUACAGAGGGUGAACUAGAUAAGCCUUCUCUUGUGAAGUCAUUUGUAUCUGGAUUGGUCAUAGAGAGGGCAAACCAGGUUGGUAUACGUUAUACUGGCAAACUAAAGGAGAAUGGAAAAAUACUCGGUACCAAUAUUGGAGAAGGAGAACCUCUUGAAUUUCGUAUAGCUUCUGGUCAACUUGUACAAGGAUGGGAAAUUGGUGUAAAUGAUCAUUUACUUAGAUGA